GGACAGAGCCUCCUUUGUGAAGAACUGCAAGUGCCAUGUGUCAGGGAAGCCAUUAGUCUUUAGGGUGGUUGGGAAGGACUUCUUGGCCAGUUCUCAAUUUCUCCAGCAAUGGGCCACUCACACCUGGGAGAGGUCAAACAGCAGAACCGAGUGUGGGGUGGCCUUUCAGAGGGGAAAAACUUAUCAUAACUGGGAAGAAUGCACAAAAGCUUUCAGCCCCAAACACACACUUGUUCGGCACUAGAGACUCCUCACUAGAGAAAGAUGUUUUAUGUGUAAUCAGUGUGAGAGAAGCUGUAAUCUCAGUCAACAUCAGAAAGUUUACAAUGGAGAAAGAACUUUUGAACCUGGGGAACAUGGGAUAUUAUUUAACAGAAAGUCCAACCUCAUUGAACACCAGAGAAGUAACACUAGAGAUAGGCCUUAUGAAUGUACAAAAUGUAGGAAAUCAUUUACUCAGUGCUCCAACCUCUUUACACACAAGAGAGUUCACAUGAAACAAAAGCCAUAUGAAUGUGAUGAAUAUGCAAAAUCGUCUAGCCAAAGCUCUACCCUCCUUCAACAUCGGAGAAUUCACACUUGGGAAAGGCCUUAUGAGUGCAAUGAAUGUGGUAGAACUUUUACGCAAAACUCUCUGCUCCUUCAGCAUCAGAGACUUCACAGUGGAUCAAAGCCUUAUGAGUGCACUGAAUGUGGAAAAUCCUUUGCUGUAAACUCCAGACUCAUUAAACAUAGGAGAGUUCAUACUGGAGAAAGGCCUUAUAAAUGCAGUGAAUGUGGAAAAGCAUUUUGCCAAAGCUCUUCACUCCUCCAACAUCAGAGAGUUCACACUGGAGAAAGGCCUUAUGAGUGUGGGGAGUGUGGAAAAUCAUUUAGGCAGAAGCCCAACCUUAUUCAACAUUGGAAAGUCCAUACUAGAGAAAGACCUUAUAAGUGUGGGAAAUGUGGGAAAUUACUUAGCAACAAGUCCCAUCUCAUUGAACACCAGAGAGUUCACACUGGAGAAAGGCCAUAUGAGUGUGGGGAAUGUAGGAAAUUCUUUAGCAAGAAAUCCCACCUCAUUAUACAUCAGAGAGUUCACACCAGGGAAAGGCCAUAUAAAUGCAACGAAUGCGGGAAAAUCUUUAGCCAAAACUCUGCACUCCUUCAACAUCAGAGAAUUCACACUGGAGAAAGGCCUUAUGAGUGCAGCAAAUGUGGGAAAACUUUUAAUCAAAGCUCUGCUCUUCAUCAACAUCAGAGACUUCACACUGGUUCAAGGCCUUAUGAGUGCACUGAAUGUGGGAAAUCCUUUGCUGAUAAUUCAACCUUUAUUACACACAGGAGAAUUCACACUGGAGAAAGGCCUUAUGAGUGCAGUGAGUGUGGGAAAGCAUUUGCCCAAAGUUCUUCAGUCCUUCGACAUCAGAGAGUUCACUGGAGAAAAGUCUUAUAAGUGAAAAUUUGGGAAGUUGGUUAGCCCAAGCUCUGUUUUUCAACAUCAGAGAACUCACACUAGAUCAAAGCCAUAUGAGUGCUGUGAAUGUGGGAAAUCCUUUGCUAAAAACUCCAGGUUCAUUAAACACAGGAGUGUUCACACUGCAGAAAGUCCUUAUGUUGUAGAAAAUGUUGGAAAUCCUUUACCUAAAACUCCAGUCUCAUAGAACACCAUAAUGUUCACAUUGGUUAAUGGGCUUAUGGAUGUGAUAAGUGUGGGAAACAUUUAGCCAAAACUGUAGCCUCAUUUCAUACUGGAGAGUUCACAGCCUUCAGUCUUGUUUCAUUGGAUACCGCAAAGUUCACUUCAAAAAAAGAGUAGUUGUCCAGGGAUGGAUUGUUCAGUAUAACACUGGGGAGGUCCCUUAUGAGGGUGCUCUCUGCCAAUACACCCAAUAAACCACUUAAAUUCCAGGUUUAUGGGAGCUUCAGUGCAUUUCUUAACCUGCCCAGGGCCCUUACCAGAUUUACAUCAUUGC